AUGUCUCGGUCCAUGCAGCUCAAGGAAGACGGCAAUCGCCACUUCCUCUCGGGCGACUAUAUCGGCGCCGAAGGCUUCUAUUCCAAGGCCAUCCUCGCCGACCCUAAGAACCCCAUCCUCUUCACGAACCGCGCCAUGGCCCGGCUGAAGCUCAGCUUGUGGGACUCGGCCGCCUCGGACUGCAACACCUGCCUCGUCCUGGCCCCGAGCAGCAUGAAAGCCCACUACUACCUCUGCCAGGCCCAGCUUGGCAUCGGCGACUACGACGCGGCCGUCGAGAACGCGCUCAAGGCCCACGAGAUAUGCGUCAGCACCAACGACCGCUCGCUCGCCGCCGUCACCGGCAUCGUUCUGCGCUGCAAGAAGAAGCGAUGGGAGCAGCGGGAAAAGGCCCGGAAGAGGGAGGCCCAAGACCUCGAACGAGAGCUGCUCGACUUGCUGGCCGCGAGGACGGACGAGAUGCUCGUCGCCGAGAGCGGGGACGAGGUCGAACGGGACACCAUCCGGGAGGAGGGCUCCCGCAAGCUCGCCCUCCUCCGAGACGUGUUUGAGCGCGCCCGAAGCCGGUCGGAUCAGGAAAGGCAGGUCCCGGACUGGGCCAUUGACGACAUAUCGUUCGGCGUCAUGGUUGACCCCGUCGUCACCAAGACGGGGAAGUCGUACGAACGCGCCUCGAUCAUGGAGCACCUUCGUCGCCAUCCUACCGACCCCCUGACCCGCGAGCCCUUGCUGGCUUCGGAAAUUCGACCCAAUCUUGCCCUCCGCCAAGCCUGCAACGAGUAUCUGGAAGAAAACGGCUGGGCCGUCGACUGGUAG